GUGUGAGAUGGGCAGCGCGCAGUGAAUCUUGAAAUUGAUCCGUCAGAAUCGAGUUUUAAGCUUAAUCGCGAUGUGAUGGCAGGAACUGGGGGGGUCCUGCCAUCCCCCUGGCGCUGCAGGGCCUGGCUGACGUCACCGGCCGGAGGUUCCUGCCCGCCAGCCUGCAUGUUACACAAACCCACGCACAUCUCAAUCAUGGGAAACCAUUAGACUCUUGUCAGGUGUGCUGGAGACGUGCAGGACACUUGGGGCAUGUGCUGCUGUCGCGGGGUCAUUCGUGGUAACCUGCCUCUUCUCCUCCUAACAUCACCAUCCCCAGAACGAACCACGGCAAAGGGCUGACGUCAAACCACCCAUUUACAAAACCAUACACUCCGGUCACCGACUCACACAGAUCGCCCACCAUGGGCCGCCGCGAGAAGCUCGUCGCGCGCUCCAUCGUCUUCGCCAUCCUCAACAACAAGGACGACGGCAAGCCGCCCACCAAGCCCUCCCUGCUGCGCCGCGCCCUGCGUCUGCUCAACCUGUACUGGCUCACCUUCGACCUGCUCCGCAACGAGCUCUUCAUCUCGCUCCGCGCCGCGUGGGGGGUGCCCGAGGAUCGGUACAGGGCGAGCUUCGUCGCCGAGGGCCGGCGCAAGGGCAGCCAGGGCGGCAGCCUCGAGGCUCUGGGCGACAUGGGCUACAGCGGCUCGACCUUCUUCCGCACCUCGGACGGGCGGUACCUCGUGAAAUCGGUCCCGCGCAGCUUCGAGAACAGCUUCUUCAGGAGGGAGCUGAUCCUGCCGUACGCGGAGCACAUGCGGGCGCACCGCGAGGGCAGCAUCCUCGUGCGCAUCACCGACUUCCUGCAGUCUCGCCACAAGAGCCUGGGCAUGCUGCUCGGGCUCGCGCCGAGCCACCACAUCGUCAUGGAGAACCUACUGUGCGGCAGCGACGGGGCGGCGGUGGACAAUACAAAGUGGGAGUCUUGGGACCUGAAGCCCAUGUCGUACUUGUUUCCCGAGCGCGACGUCGCGGGCGGCGUGCUCGCCAGCGAGGCGACCAAGUCCAGGCUUCCCGACAAGUUCGAAGGCAAGAUUUACCUCUCACGGAGCCAGCGCGAUGAGUUCGUCGAGCAGCUCCGGAAGGACACGCAGCUCCUCGCCGAUGCCAACGCGGUCGACUACUCGCUCUUUCUCGUGCCCGGCAUGGCCAGGAUCACCGAGGACUCCACCACUGCCACUUCACAACCAGAGCAGCAACGGCAGGACAAGAAGCCGACGUGGCGGACAGGCAUCACGAACCGGGACGGGAAGCAGGUCUACCGCGCGGCGGUGCUCGACUUCUUCUGGGCGAAACACUCGAUGCACGCGAAGGCCAUGACGGGGCUGAUCAAGACGUACAAUGUGAUCGACGAGCAGGGGCCCAUGAGCAUCACGGCCGAGAGCAGCGAGUACCGCGACCGGUUCGUCAGGAUGUGCGAGGAUAUGAUCGAGGUGCAG